UGCGGCUCAGCCUCUCCCGUGCAGUAGUCAAGUCAGUGUUGGCGCGGGAGGUGCAGUGGCUCUUUUGGCUCAUUUUCUAAACCAAUUAUUAUUCCUCUCCUUACACACACAAAAAAAUGUCGUGGCAAAAUUACGUUGACCAGCAGCUGAUGGGCUCUGGCUUUGUUUCUAAGGCGGUUAUUGCCGGUCACGAUGGCACAUUAUGGGCCAAAAGUGAUAACAUCGAACCAUCCCGGGAGGAGUUAGUAAAGUUAGCAAACAGUUUUACCGAUCAGAAAGGCCUUGCAAUGACUGGAGUUCACAUGGGUGGUGAAAAGUACUUCUACCUCUCUGGCACCGACAAGGUUAUCCGAUGCAAGAAAGGGAAGGCAGGAAUGCACUGCAUGAAGACGUUGCAAGCAGUCCUGAUAGCCAUGUUCGAGGACCCUAUUCAGCCCCCACAGGUGGCUUCUAUUGUAGAGUCACUAGGGGAGUACCUUAUCUCCAUGACUUAUUGAGUGAAUGAAGACUUCGUGAAUAUCACUAUCUUCAUUGGAGCUUCAUGGCAGUGGGUGACAUGUGAUAAACCAGUGUUGACCAGUGUUUGACGGUGACUUGAACAUGUGUUCCAUCUUGAUAAAAACUUGGCUACUCAAUCAGAAAAAAUAAAAGAUGAAAAAAGUGGAAACCCAUGUAUUUUUUGUUUUUCUUUGGAUAAUACCAGCAACAUUUUAGGAAAGGCUUGGCUGUCACACCAGUGUUUAUGUAUGUAUGUAAUGUAUUUGACGUCGGAAAGGGUUCUAUGAAAUGAAUAUACUUUCGCGUUUAAAAAAAACACCUUUGUAUAAUAAAUUUUUUCCAUGGACAUUUUAUUAUUGCAGCUUUUUGUGAAUUAACUUGCACUCUUAUAUAAGUGAUGGUUUGCAGCUGAUGGUUUUUGCAACUAUUAGUGAAGUGGCUAGCCUGUGUAUAUUUGCGAGCAUUUAGUGGUAGGGAGACGGAUGAUCUGUUAACCUUGUCCUUAUAAUCCUGAUAAUUUUGUCUUCCUCUGCUUUCAAUCUCCAGAACAUACCUCUUGACAAAUUGCCUUUUUCAGUCUUGCCUCCAUCUCAGUAUUUUCCUCAUCCUCAACUCCCACACUCCAACAUACUUGUGUGAGUGUCUAGUCUCUGCUAGCCACUGAUCCCAGUGUUGAUUUUUUGUUUUAUUUUUUUAUAUUAAAUUUGUUCCUAAAUGAAAUUUAAAGUUUCCUGUACCCAACAGCUGUAAAUGGAAACUAUUAAAUGGAAUAAGCAUUCCUUAUCUCAA